AUAAAAAAAUGUGAAAGGUGGAUUUCAGUAUAUUCAAUAUAUAUUUCAGUAUAUUCCUUUAAGAUUAUGUCAUUAUUUAAUACCCAUUAUGGUUUAUCCCUGCACCGCUAAGGCAACAUCAGUAGAGACGUUUUUUUUACGGGCACCACCCUGCUUGGAGGGGACCGGGAGAAUCGUUUCAUCUCCUCCGACAGCUCCAGCUAUCCAGCCUUCAGCGCGCGCACGCCCAUGACAAAAUGAGUGCCUCGGACCGCUAACAGCACAACCUCAGCACUGGGUUUGUCUCUGCAAUUGGAUAGAUUUCAAUCUGGACCAGGUGUUCUCAGUAAUAGGCUACUACACUACAUGGCUCCUUAGGGCGGAGUGGAUUCAACCCAUGUGAAGUUACUAUUUUUCAGACAGUCUUUUUCAUCAGCAAGACCAAUUCCUCGUGUUCAAAGGAAGUUAGAGAUACAACGCCGGUGAUAACGAUACAUUUCCCUUUGGACUUUGGAAGUUGUUGGGGGGAGUUUUUUUAUUUAACAUAUUGUAGAUAUAUUUUGAAAUUGAUGUAGAGUAUUAUCUCUAUUCAUUUUGCUCUGGCAAACAGCAGCAAGACAGCUGAUGUUCCGUUUGUCAGUGUUUCUAUGUUAUCUGGCCGCGCUGAUUCUCAUGAACCUCAGUCAUUUCCCUCGGUAAUGUUCUUCUCCCAGGGCCAAUUAUAUUGCAGAGCAACUGAUGCAGGCUGGUAAGGUGCAAACCUUUGAUGCGUCCGUAUAUUUUUUUGUACUCUCAGAACACAGAUUUUUCAACUGCACAGCUCUGUCAAUUGUACAUUUUGACAGCGGUCUCUUGGACAUCCUCCACUAGGCUAUUAUUCGACGACCACUAGGACUGGUAGGUGAAUGACUGGCUUUAUAAGGCUUCUUUAUCAAAAUCUACGUUCAGUUUGUUGAAUUAUUAAUUGUAGCUUUGAAAAAAAAUUAAACACCAAGAUACCUUGCUUCAUUUCAAGUAAACAUUGAGAGCAACUUUUGGACUUAAAUCCACCAUCUAAAAUUCGGUGGAGUUUUUAGUCAUUCAUGACGGAAACAAUGGCAUUGAGUGGAAACUGUAGGACUAACCCUACGUCAAAAGAACAAGGAUCUGUUCAGAAUAGUUUCCCAGAUGUUGUAGAAUUAAAUGUCGGGGGACAGGUGUAUUACACGCGUCAUGCAACGUUAGUAAGCACCCCAAAUUCCUUGCUGGGCAAAAUAUUCUCACCUAAGAAGGAUGCCACUAAUGAUUUGGCGCGGGACCCUAAGGGACGCUAUUUUAUCGACAGAGAUGGAUUUCUAUUUCGAUAUGUGUUGGACUACCUCAGAGACAAACAAGUUGUACUGCCCGACCAUUUUCCAGAGAAGGGGAGGCUCAGGAAAGAGGCGGAGUACUUCCAGUUGCCAGACUUGGUCAAACUAUUGACGCCGGAAGAUUUAAAACACAGCCCAGACGAAUACUUCCACAGUGAUUUUGAAGAUGGUUCUCAAGGCAGCGACCACAAGAUGUGUCCGCCGUCGUCACUCGUUCCGGCAGACAGAAAAAGUGGAUUUAUUACGGUUGGGUACAGGGGCUCUUGUACAAUAGGAAGAGAGAGUCAAACCGACUCCAAAUUCAGAAGGGUCCCGCGGAUUUUGAUUUGUGGGAGGGUUGCGUUAGCCAAGGAAGUUUUUGGGGAGACCUUGAACGAGAGUCGAGAUCCGGACAGGACACCGGAUCGAUAUACUUCCAGGUUUUACCUGAAGUUCAAACACCUUGAGAGAUCAUUUGACAUGCUGUCCGAGUGUGGUUUCCAGAUGGUUGCCUGUAACUCUUCAGUCACAGCGUCAUCCGUGAAUCAACACACAGAAGACAAGAUCUGGUCAAGUUACACUGAAUACAUCUUCUAUCGUGGCACCUCUCGGUGGUCCUCCCCACCCUGUGACUGCUGCUGCAAGAACCACAAGGGUGACGGAGGGGGCGAGAGCGGCACCUCCUUCAACGAGCUCUCCACCUCCAGCUCUGAGAGCCAGUCAGAGGCCAGCUCACCCCAGGGUACCGUCAUCUGUGGGCCAGUCAACCGGCAGUCCCACUCCCAUGUCCAGACCCUGGACCGGCCGCUGAAGAAGGGCCCAGUGCAGAUGCUGCAGCAGUCAGAACAGCGCAGGAAGAGUGAUCUCCUCCGCACGCUCACCACUAGCUCCCGAGACACCAGCACCUGUAAGAAGAGGCCAGCUAAGGAGAAGAUCACCAUUGAGGAGGAGCUGGAGAAGUGCAUCCAGGACUUUCGUAAGAUCAAGAUCCCUGAACGCUUCCCGGAGAGGAAGUACAUGUGGCAGGCGGAGCUGCUGAGAAAGUACCGUCUCUGAGACGGAGCCAGGCUAGCUGCUGUAGGAGUCACAAAGACAAGCAUAAAACCAUGACUGUUUAGCUAACUGUAUGUAUUGUAUGUAUGUAGGUAUUGUAUGUGUGUAUGUAUGUAUGUAGGUAUUGUAUGUAUGUAUGUAUGUAUGUAUGUAUGUAUGUAUGUAUGUAUGUAUGUAUGUAUUUAUGUAUGUAUGUAUGUAUGUAGGUAUUGUAUGUAUGUGUGUAUGUAUGUAUGUAGGUAUUGUAUGUGUGUAUGUAUGUAUGUAGGUAUUGUAUGUAUGUGUGUAUGUAUGUAUGUAGGUAUUGUAUGUGUGUAUGUGUGUAUGUAUGUAUGUAGGUAUUGUAUGUGUGUAUGUAUGUAUGUAGGUAUUGUAUGUGUGUAUGUAUGUAUGUAGGUAUUGUAUGUGUGUAUGUAUGUAUGUAGGUAUUGUAUGUGUGUAUGUAUGUAUGUAGGUAUUGUAUGUGUGUAUGUAUGUAUGUAGGUAUUGUAUGUGUGUAUGUAUGUAUGUGGGUAUUGUAUGUGUGUAUGUAUGUAUGUAGGUAUUGUAUGUAUGUAUUCUUACCCCUUGACUUAUUCCACAUGAUCUUAUGUUACAGCUUGAAUUCAACAUGGAAUAAAUGUAUUUUCCUACCCAUCUACUCACAAUGCCCCAUAAUGAAAAAGUGAAAACAUGUUUUGAAAAUAAAAUACAGAAAUAUCUCAUUUAAAUAAGUAUACACACCUCUGAGUCAAUACAUGUUAGAAUCACCUUUGGCAGUGAUUAAAGCUGUGGGUCUUUCUGGGUAAGUCUCUAAGAGCGUUGCACACCUGGAUUGUGCAGUAUUUGUACACUAUUCUUUUUUAAAUUCUUCAAGAUCUUUCAAGUUGGUUGUUGAUCAUUGCAGGUCAAGUCUUGCCAUAGAUUUGAAAGCAGAUUUAAUUCAAAACUGUAACUGGGCCACUCCAGAACAUUCACUGUCUUUUUGGUAAGCAACUCUAGUGUAGAUUAUGUUAUUGUCCUGUUGAAAGGUGAAUUUGUCUCCCAGUGUCCUUUGGAAGCAGACUGAACCAGGUUUUCCUCUAGGAUUUUGCUUAGCUCCAUUCUGUUUAUUUUUUGUCCUGAAACUCUUAAGAGUAGUUGUCAGUGACUGUUCUCAGUGUUGUGUUGGAUUUGCACUAAAAAUAACGCUUUGUAUUCAAGACAAAAAGCUUUAAAAAAUUGUCACAUUUUUUGCAAUUUUACUUUAGUGCCUUAUUGCAAACAUGCAUGUUUUGGAAUAUUUUUUAUUCUGUAAAGGCUUCCUUCUUUUCAAUUGGUCAUUUUGUUUUUUUUGUGGAGUAACUACAAUGUUGUUGAUCCAUCCUCAGUUUUCUCCUAUCACAGCCAUUGAACUCACCAUCGGACUCAUGGUGAAAUCCUGAGCAGUUUCCUUCCUCUCCGGCAACUGAGUUAGGAAGGACACCUGUAUCUUUGUAGUGACUGGGUGUAAACAUCAUCCAAAGUGUAAUUAAUAACGUCACCAUGCUCAAAGGGAUAUUCAAUGUCGCUUUUUUUUUACCAAUAGGAGCCCUUCUUUACGAGGCAUUGGAAACCCUCCCUGGUGUAUGUGGUCGAAUCUGUGUUUGAAAUUCAAUGCUCAACUAAGGGACCUUACAGAUAAUUCUGUGUGUGGGGUACAGAGAUGAGAUAGUCAUUCCAAAAUCAUGUUAAACACUAUUAUUGCACACAGUCCAUACAAGUUAUUAUGUGGUGUUUUAAGAACAUGUUUACUCCUGAGUUUAUUUAGGCUUGACAUAACAAAGGGAUUGAAUACUUAUUGACUCGAGACAUUUCAGCUUUUCAAUUCAUAUGUAAUAAUAAUAAUUCCACUUUGACAUUAUGGGGUAUUGUGUCCAUUUAAUCCAUUUUGAAUUCUGGCUGUAAUAUUUGGAAAAAGUCAAGGGGCGUGAAUACUUUCUGAAGGCACUGUAUGUAUGUAUGUAUGUAUGUAUGUAUGUAUGUAUGUAUGUAUGUAUGUAUGUAUGUAUGUAUGUAUGUAUGUAUGUAUGUAUGUAUGUAUGUAUGUAUGUAUGUGUUCACCACUGCCUCGGAGCGUCUACUGUAUAACUUAUGCUUUAGGUUCUGGAUGGCUGUUCUCAAUGAAAUAAUGACAAUGGACAAAAGACAACUUUCUUCCUCAAACGCUUACUCUCCAAGGAUAUAUCUGAUGGCACAGUUUUAUCAACAAUCUUUUAAAAGCACUAAAGAGCACAAUUGGUCUGUGCGUGAGAUUGUGUUACACACAUUGAUGAGUUUUGACCCCAUGAUGUUAUUGGUGCAGGAGCUGCAUUCAGAUGGCACGGAGGUCGAAGAUAAAUGUGCAUCAGAAUGAUAAAUUAUUCAUGCUGUCCCGACAAUGCUCUUUCUAAAAAUACCUGCUGCCAGAGUAGGUAGGAUGAAUAGCUGGUUCGAUUUCAACACUUUCAGGAAUGCAGGAGACUCCAGAGGAAGUAUGGGAUUUUUUCACCACUAUUCUUUAAACUCCCCCAAGUAUCAAACUGAUGGCUAACCUCCCAAAAUGGAUACAGCCAUAGUCAGUUGGCGAAUUUGAAAAACACCGAAAGAUAUAUCAAAACAGCUUUCAGAUGGAAAUGGACACACAUUAAGAUGUUCCUUAAGGGGUCGUGAAGAAGGAGUUUGUUUUAAUGAGAUACAAGUCAAAAACCAAGAAACAGGAUUGAAAAGAGAGGCGUAGUCCUGUGAAGGUGCACACACACGCACACACACAGACCGACACACGCACAGACACAGACCGACACACACACACAAACAAACGCACACGCACACACGCACAUGCACAGACCGACACACACACACACACACACACACACACACACACACACACACACACACACACACACACACACACACACACACACACACACACACACACACACACACACACACACACACACACACACACACACACACACACACACACACACACACACACACACACACACACACACACACAGGCUUAUUUUAACAAUGUAUGUGUGACUUGAGUGCAGAAAAGAAUAGGCAGGAUAGCAUUGCUCAACAUCCCAUGACAGGUUGAUGGUUUCUGUUUUAAUUGUUGGCAUGCUGGUCAAUAGAUAUUGAUGAUUAGGUGCUGGGGUACAUUGAUGAGUGCAAUAGACAUGGUUGGGGACAUCCUUGCAGAAAUUGAUGAGGCUUGUAGGUCAUUGAUGAGGACAUGCUGCUCUUGUUUUCACUGUAUACCACAUCUAAAUAUUAUGUUGCAAUUUAGUCACAACACACGUUUGUUAUGUGAGCAUUUCUUUUUUAUAAUGCGCAAUAGAGAAUUAAAAAUGACAAAGCACAGACAUUUUCUAAUCAUUUCCAUAAUAAUGCCAUUAUUUUGUGUAAUAUUACAUACAGUAUAACUGAUAUAAUAUGGCCAAACUUUGCAAAUCUUAUUUUGUUAUCGUGAGAUACAGAUACAGACUGCAUGGUCUAUUUAACUGCUGCUGCAAUACACUUCAGUUCUAUAGAGCUAGUCGCUAAAACGUUCAACGCUAACUGAACAACAGAACUAUGAUGUGCAUCAUCAACAAUCUGUACUAGAUGAUGGUGAGCUGUUUGGGCACCUCGUCACUCUCCUCAGAACCGCUCUUCUGGAUAUACUUUCACUCUAGCGCUGGAUUCAAAGGUCAAACGGGUGACGAUGUUCUCGUUUCUUCAGCCUGAAAAAGAUCUAUAUUUAAUUCAACAGCAUGAUCAAUUGUUGAGCUUUCAAUCAUUUCCACUAGGCAUUGCUACUGAAUGUUGUACUUUUCAUAGUGACUUCACAGUUUUAGCUUAUUGCUUAUUACAUGUCUUUGUCUGUUUUCAAAGCGUUAUGACGUGAAAGGAUUUGGAUAUUACAACAGGGAUGUUAUGAAUAUCAUGAAACCCAUUCAAUAUAUCUGCUCAUCAAACACUGAAAGAUAUAGGUCUUCGAUACAAUCAAAUCUUCAAUGCACAAUUUUAGGGGAUAGGGAAUUUUAGAGCAUUUUCAAACACUUAUUUCAAAUACAAUAAAAUUGUCAACUACUUGUCUUUUCAAAUAAAUUAUAUCUGAUUUCUUACUUAAAAUGUAUGGGAAAGUAAUUAAAAUAUUUGAAAUAGUAUUUCAACCCAGUUCUGAUCAAUAGUGAUAAUUGAUUCAGAUCUCAUGAAAGAUAUGGGUUGAUUAAAAUAACACCAAAAAAAGACAAAAGCAGAAAUCGUAAUUUUUCUUUAUUUGAUGCAAUAUUAUAUUUAUUUGUCUCGGUCGAAAACAGUCUCUAUUUGUUAGGAUCUUUUUAGUUGCCCCUGCAUUGCCCAUUGUAUGUAUUUUCCAGAAUGACUAUCAUGGACAUUAUACAUUAUAAUGAAAUACUCAGCACAAAUAUCAAAUAUAGUUGUUGACUUCCUAUACAAAACAUAUUUGUUUUCUUGUAAAAUAACAUGAACAAUCCAUCCAUGCAUUUUGACUACUAUUCAGUGGUAUGGUUUAGAUCUCUAUCCAAACAGAGGAUUGGAAGUUAAUACAGUACACAAUGUGGUUUUCCCCAUUUAGAUUAAUUUUCUAUCAAAAUAUUCCAUAUGCCAUUGAGCAGACACUUAUAUCCAAAGCAACUUACAGUCAUGUGUGCAUAUAUUUUAUGUAUGAGUGGUCCUGGGAAUCAAAUCCACAACUCUGGUGUUACAAGCACCAUGUCUUAUCAACUGAGCUACAAAGGACUAACUUCAUUCCAAAGUAUUUUAUGUUGUCAGUUAAAAAGGAUAGAUUCAGAAUCUUUCAUAUGUAAAUAUCAUUAAAUAUGUAAAUAUCAUAUUCUAAGUAACCCUAAAAUGUACUAUAUUUUAUAUGUAAAUAAUGACAUCCAUCAACAAGCUGUAAAAUUCUCAACCCUGUGAGACCUGAAUGAAAGUCUGCAUAAUACAGCAGACUGAUGUUAAUGUUGUUAUUUUCAUUAUACCUGAAGAAUCAUAGUGGGAGGUGUCUCACACUGGCCUGUGCAUAGUCGAAUUAAGCAAUAAGGUCCGAGGGGGUGUGGUAUAUGGCCAAUAUACCACGGCUAAGGGCUGUUCUUAUGAACGACGCAACGCGGAGUGCCUGGAUACAGCCCUUAGCCAUGGUAUUUUGGCCAUAUAUCACAAACCCCUGAGGAGCCUUAUUGCUAUUUUAAACUGGUUACCAAUGUAAUUAGAGCAGUAAAAAUACAUGUUUUGUCAUAUCAAUUUCAGCCAAUCAGAAUUCAGGCCUCAAACCAUUCAGUUUGUAAUAUGCUGUAACUGAUGAUGCAGUGAGCGUAACACACUUUGUAGGCUCUCAUGAGUAGCCCUGUUCCAGGAGAGUCUGCAAGGUGGUUUUGUGUUACUUCCACAACAGCAGAGCCUAUAAAGAGGAUUAUUCAGCAUGUUAAACAUUCAACAAAGAUGGUUAUACGAUGGCGAUGCAAAAGUGAAUGCUGCCCAUUUUGCAGAUGUAAAUAUGGGAUAAUUUCCUUUGUGUGUUUGUCAAUCUGAAUACUGUACAUGUUGGUUACAACCAGAGUCACUGAACUGACAGUGAGGACCUGAGUGCAGUUUUUGUUCAGUGUUUUAAAAAACAUGUUCCUUUGAGUUGAUUGUAUAUUGUUUACCACCACCUUACAUCACCUUACUUACUACUUCACUGGGCUGCAGGUAGCCUAGUGGUUAGAGGCAGGGUAGCCUAGUGGUUAGAGGCAGGGUAGCCUAGUGGUUAGAGGCAGGUAGCCUAGUGGUUAGAGUGUUGGACUAGUAACUGCAAAGGUUGCAAGCUCAAAUCCCCGAGCUGACAAGGUAAAAAUCUGUUGUUCUGCCCCUGAACAAGGCAGUUAACCCACUGUUCCUAGGCCGUCAUUGAAAAUAAGAAUUUGUUCUUAACUGACUUGCCUAUUUAAAUAAAGAUUAAACUAAUGCCCAGUUCAAAAAGAUUAGUCUUACUAAGUACUCUAGUUUACAAGUUCUGGAAAAGAGCAUAGUGGAAUGACAAGACACACGGUGGCCUUCAAAUGGAGCUUUUUUGCACAAUGUUGGCUGAAUUAUAUUGUACAUAACAAGAAAGUAUUUGAAAAAGAUAAACCUGUACAUACUCACGUAAUGCACACUAUAUGGUAACAUAAUCAUAGAUCAAUCAGAGAGGAUUGUAUUUGAAUAUAGUUGAUAAUGAAUUAAUGAUCAGAAAUAGACCCUUCUCAGUCCCAAAACAAACAAAAAAAUAGAAUAUUCAGACCGUGCCAUUUUUAAAACGUCUAUCCUACACAGUUUGAGGUAUCAAUUAUGAAAUUAACGCAAAUGCGGAUGGAUCUGUUUACCGUCAAAAACAUAUAUUACAAGAGAGAGGGAGAUUAAAGUAUGCAAUUUUCUAUUUCAGUUGGAGCGAUCGGUCUGAGACUGUUUUCUAGCUAGUUAUACACAGUGGUAGAGCCCUUGUUCUAAGUGAAUGCAAGUCCUGUAAUUUUGGUUUUAUUACACGCCCUUCUGAAUCUGUGAUCCAUAAAGAAACCCACAAUAGACUGAAGCAGCCACGAUAGACCAGCACAUAGAAACAGAGUGUUGUUUGGUGUUGUUUUGAUUACAAAAAGGUCAGAAACAUUGUGAGCAUGUUGGUAUAAGAAUUACUGAAGAUAAUUUAGUCUGUUAUUGUGAACAUGUGAAAACUGAAAUAAUUACCAAAAAAAUACUUGCAAAAAAAGAUAAGCACAAAAGUGUGGAUUGUGUCUGCUGAUGUUUCUCCACAGGUGUAUAACGUUAUGAAUUAAAGACAGUACCACUUCACCUGAAAUGUCUUUAGAUACAAGAAUAGGAAUUUUGAAAAUGUACUUACAUCCAAUAAAAAAACAUUAUGUACAAUGAA